AGCACGACCACGGCUAGCUUUAGCAGCUAAGUAGCUCCAGCAGGCAUGGAGGUAGCUAGGGCUAGCGACAGCAGCCUGCUAGCAACCUGCACCCAGCCCUAGCUACCUCCAUGCCUGGUCACUCACACAUCCGAUUCUAGCUCAUCGAUGACACGUCGAUGGUCAAUCGGUGCGUUACAAAUACCGGUUUGUGGUGUGAGUGAGCCGAUCCGUUCCGUUAUGUAUCGCCCAUGUGGUCGCAGUCCGGGGGGGUCGUGAUUUGGGACACCGGGGAAUCGGACACUCGGAUCCACAGCCACACAUGUAGCGGUGUUCCGGACUGCGACUACCUGGGAGACGCAUUACCCCUGAUGGCUGCUAGGACAGCCGACACUCACCCGUUGUAGGAACGUCGCUGAACGGUGAACGCUCAUCCAGGGACUGCAUCAACAACGCAGGACGACUAUCGCCUCUGCUUCACAGCGCUUUUGAUUCUGGAUAAACCCUCACCAUGGCCUCGACCAUGCAGCUGCUCAAGACCGUGAACGAGAUGGCCGGAGCCCUGGAUUCGGGGGAGUGCAGGACCAUGCUGUACCUCUGUGGACGCCUCGAUCUGGACAGUAACGAAGAGGGCCUUGGAGAGUUCCUGAGGUCGGGGGUCAUUCAGGGGCAGAUGAAUGACCUGUUUCUGGUCGAACUAUUGUUUGAGGUAAAACGCUUUGACAUUCUGUGGAAGUUGUUCAGCACCAAAGCUCAUGACGUCGAGAGCGCCCUGGGGAACAGGCAUGUGUUGUCCCGAUACAGGGUGCUGAUGGUGAACAUAAAUGAGAAUAUAACAAAUGGAGAUAUAAAAAACUUAAUAUUCUUAUUAAGUAGAACGGUACCAAGAGAAAAAAUUGACAAAGUUAAGUAUUUCCUGGAUGUGGUGGUUGAACUGGAGAAACUGGAUAAAUGUUCCCCUGAACACUUGGACUUCAUUGAAAAGUGUCUGAGAAAUAUUGACAGGAUUGAUCUAGCAAAAAAAGUUUGUCUGUAUAAGCAAUCAGAUGGAGCCCUUCAGAUACAGUCACUCCCUCACCCGACAGCUCCACAGCAGAGUACUGCAGCUCAUUGUCCAACUCAAACUCAUUCUUAUCCUCUCCAACAACUAAACCACACACAGACCUUACACAAUGCUCCACAAAUCUCCACAGUACCGGUGUCAACGCCAGUCAGCCAGGAGAGUGUGAUCGAGGAGUACAGUCUGAAAGCGGAGCAGAGAGGAUUCUGUCUCAUCAUCGACUGCGUUGGAGCUGACGGAGAGAGGUUGGAGCAAGCAUUCAGAGAGCUCCAUUUCCGGGUGGAGCUCCACCAGUUGCUGAGCGCCCACACCACGGAAUCCCUUCUGAGGGAGGAGUCCCUGCGGGUGGGGGCGCAGCAUUGCGCUGACGCCUUCGUCUGCUGCAUCAUCAGCCGGGGGACCUCCACCCGCCUGCUGGCCACGGACCCCGCCCAGCGAGGCGCUGGCCUGGACCUGGACCUCGUCAGACACCUGUUCUCAGGGAAUAACUGCCCCAUGCUUGCUGGCAAACCCAAGCUGUUCUUCAUCCAGAGGUACGGCAUCCAGCAGCCCUCGGUCCCGCAACCCGGGGCCUGCCCCGGCGGCGCGCCCACUCACCGGGACUCGGACCUGGAGACAGACGGGGUGGCGUGUGGCAGGGGGCCGGCGGUCCCAACGGACGCGGACGUGUUCUGGAGCCACUGCUGGACCAGCGAGUGUCAGUUGGAGCAGGGGAACCACCGUUCGGUCUACCUGGAGGCACUCACUGACGGCCUGCUCAGGGGGAGGAGGAGGAAAACCAAUCUGGUUGAUAUUCACACUGAACUGAAUGGGCUGAUCUACGAUCACAACAAGAGGAAUCCUGCAGCCAGAUACGACAUUGAUCUGAAACACACACUCAGAAGGCAUCUCUGCUUGACAUAAGUCAUGUUUCUCCAUCAUUAAUUAGAUGCCCAUGAUGGGCCAAGAUCUUAGUUAAACCUGCAUUAGAAUGCAGAGGCUGCCCUCUAGUGGUGCUUAUCGUACUCACACUUAUACAUGGAUUAUAUCCUAACAAUAAUUGUGCAUUAUUAUGGCUGGGCUUUCAUUGAUUAUUGAAUAAACUUCUAAUAGGUAAUAUAUUAAACAAGAGGAAUAGUAAGCAUAAUGAUCUUAACGCAAUAAACCACUUAUUUUGUAUGAUGUUAUUUAUUAUUCUACUAAUGCAAUAUCCUAUAUUUUAGAGGCUGCGACUAUCACUCUGAGGCUUGUCACAGUCUCUUUGUCUCUUGGCUCGUACUAAAAUAAAGCUUAUGUCAUGAUACUGCA